AUGCUUACUGAGAAACAGUAUGGAGGCAUUAUUUUUGCACACAAGCUUGGUCACUCAAACCGAGCAAUAGCCCAGACCAUUGGUUGUCAUCAUAAAACUAUUGAUCGUAUUCUUGCUCAACACUUAACUUCUGAAAAAACACUUCCUAAAAAAAAUAUCGACCGUCCUCCCUUGAUCAACACUGCAGGUUGUGAAUACUUUAAGAAACUUGUAACCAAUGGAAAGAGACAGUUUAUAGCAGAUGCAUUCUGUAUAGCCUUUGAAAAAAAACAAGACAAAAAGCUCUUUUUCCAGUUCCGAAGAAAGGUCUAUAUAUGUGUAUGGCAUAAAACCGGAGAAGAAUUGCAAUCAAACUGUCUUGCUCCGAAGGUUGUUCGAAGUGAGGGAUAUAUAGUGUGGACUGAGUUUGCUUGGAAGGAAUAUGGACCACUUGUCUUGUAUUCUGGCUCUAUUAUAGGUAGAGUGCAUACACAGUUAUUGAGAGAGCAUGCAAUUCCAGCACUCACUUCAAUUUUUUAG